AUCAAAGCAAAUUUUCCGCGGAAACUCAGGUAAACGAAUGGAAUAUUAUCUCAUUAUCAGUCACUUGAAAACACUUUUAAAGUCGAUUCCUCAUUUGAAAAUUUCUUCACUUCAAAAUUUAUAGUUCACAAUUGAGUAAUUGUGAACAAUUCUCAUAUAGCAAAGUGCGUGACCAAAAAAAAAAAAAUGCGCAUCCGCGCUCUAUUUUCCCUCUCCCUCAUAUUUUUCCUCUCCCGUGAAAUUCACAUCUCACAUGGAAAAAUAUUGACCCGCUGUGAAGCGGCAAAAGAAUUAAUAAAAGGCGGCGUUUCGAGGACAUUUGUCAGUAAUUUUGUUUGCCUGAUGGAAAAGGAGAGUGGACUCGAUACAAAAAAAAUCACCGGCCCAAAAGCGCAAUCGAGCUAUUCGUUUGGAGUUUUUCAAAUUAGCAGUGGCAAAUGGUGUACACGUGGACGUGCCGGUGGACUUUGUAUGAAAAAAUGUGAAGAUUUUGCCGACGAUAAUAUUCAAGAUGAUAUUGUGUGUGCAAGAAAAAUUCAGGAGAAAGAGGGCUUUAAAUAUUGGAGUGGCUGGUUGAAGAAAUGCAAAAAUCAAACACUGCCCAAUGUUUCGAAUUGUAAGCGUAGACGCAAGCGAUGAGAAAAAGGACGAAUAAAAUUCUCCCCAAAAUCAGGAUUAUUGCCAAGAAACAAUUACGAACACUAGAAAUUUCUCAAAUAAUCAAAAUAAUAAUAAAAAAGAAAAAAAGUCUUACUAAUGAAUUGACAAUUGUUACGUGAAAAAAUUCUGGGAAAAUUCAAAUAAUCAAAAGGAAAUAAUCAAAAAGUAAACAAUAAUAAAAAUAUAAUAA